AUAAAAGAGUUUUAAAGAAAAUAGUUGAUUAAAAUAUUUUUAACAUUUUGAGCGAGAAAGACUGUAAAUAAAAUAUCAAAUAAGUCGUAAUGAAUUUUUCUAGUGUACAAGAUUUGAAGAAACAGCAACAUCAAAAAAAUGGAAAAUGGAAUAACGUCGGAAUUAGUGGUGGAGAAUCAUCUAAUAUUAAUUCUAGGUCUUCAUAUUAUAUUAAAUUAGCCCCAGAAAGUCCACUUAAUCAAAGCUUGGAUAUCUAUAAUGAUGAAAGUUCUUAUGAUUCUUUUCACAAUCAGGAAACAGAUGUGUGUAAGGAUAGCACCGAUGACGAUUUUUCGGAUACAGCAUCAUCCAAAACUGAGGGAUAUGCAGUCUUAGAUGUUGAGUAUGAGGUCGCUAGUUCAAGUGACGAGGAUGAUAGUGAUAAUACAAGUGAAUCAAGUGGAACUGAUGAAUUCACACUUGAAGCUGCUACGACGGCUUUCUACGAAUUCAAUGCAUUGAUGAAUGGUCAUCUUCUAGAGGAUGACGACUCUGAUGAAUUUAUUCUUGCCGACACUGAAGAUGAUACUGACGGAUCGGUUGACCUUGAAUUGGGCCAAGCAGACUAUUGGAAAUGCGUCAAGUGCAACAAUAGACAAAAUAAUCCGCUGUAUAGAUAUUGCGAAAAGUGUUAUCAGGUACGUAAAAGUUUAUUCCCGCCAAGACCCAAAAAAUUGCGAAAGACAAGAACUACUCCAAAUCGGAAGCGAAAAAUGGCUCAGCAAAGUCAAGAUUAUUCAACAACGGAGAUUGAUAGCGAUUCAGAGUUCGAUAGUCCUGUGAAGAAAAAAUUCAUGUCUAAUCGUGAUGAAUCAGCCUCACCAACAAUCAAUUCAUCCUGCAUUAAAAAUGGUAAUCAAACAAUUAUAAAAGAUAAGCAUAGUAAUGAAAAUAGUAAACAUGCUAAUAGUGCGGGUGAAUUAAGUUGUAAUCAUACAAGCUCUGAUGAUUGUGGCGAUGAUGGCGAGAUCGUUUCGUAUAAAAAUAGUGAUGUCAUAACGAAAAUCAAGGUCACGCCAUCAGCGUCAAUUGAGAUAGCAAAAGUUUCAAGCUAUCCAAGUACAAGUUUAAAUAUAAAGCUUGAAUCUAGUCGAGAAAAUAAUAAAUAUGUAGAAUAUAAGGUAGAAAAUAAGAUAAUCCAGAAUGUUUAUAGACAAGAGUUAAAGUGUAUAAGACAGCGUUUACCUCCGAAUCAUUUAGAAUGGAAAGAUUCUGGAGUAAGUUCAUGUCAGGAAUCAAGUCAAGAAUUCUCAUCAUCUCCUGUUGAAGAAGGAUAUUUAGCGAGAUCAUCUUCAAAUGUAUCAUCAAGAAGCACUGACUCACAACCUGACUUUCCCGCCAGUCAAGCAUCAACUCAAAUCCAACAAGAUUCUGAUGAGGAGACUGAUAGUGAAGAAAUUCUAACACGUGUCGAAGAAUUCACGAAAGAACGUCAAGAUAAGAUGAAAGACAGUUCAAGCAUUCGUCCUGUAGCAUCUGACUUACAGCAGUCAUCGGAAGAGUUAAUGGCUGAUAUUAAUGAUAGCAAUUUAGGAAUUUGUCGUUUUUGCAUGAUCAAUCCUAAAAAUGGCGUCUUUGUUCACAAUAAUUGUCUUCAUUUGUGCUGUUGCUAUAAGUGUGCAUUAAAAGUUUGGAAGAAACGAAAAAGCUGCCCAAUCUGCAAUUGUAAAAUUAAAAAUGUGACAAAACUAUUUGUCCAUUAGAGAAUUCAAAUUUGCUUAGUUGAUAUUUUAAGUGGAAAACAUUAAUCAAAAAAAAAAAUUACAAUAAGCCCAAUAAGCCUAGCUUUGAUUUAAAACUUUUAAGAAUAACUUUCUUGUAUAAAAUAUAAAAUAUUGAUUUAUAAGGAUUAUGAUACUAGACUUUGACAUGGUCGUACUAUUUUGUGGAUGCAUAACUUAAUGGUCAUGAGAUAAUUUCACAAAAUAGUGCUUUUAAAAAAAGGCAAAUAAUGGCGAUUUUGUGUCUGCCCUUUUGUCGAAAAUAAAAAUAUUUUUAAGUUUUUCAAUAUUUUCAUUUUAAUGUUAAGUAAAUUUAAGGUUUGGGACUAUUUAGCAUGUUUAUUAUUUUCAUUCAAUAUGUGUUGAUGAUUAAUAAAACAAAACAAUUGCGAUACAUUUUAUAACGUUAUUCAGAAAAAAAAUCAAGGAACGUCCUUAUAAAAGGUAAAAUUCCUUUAAAAAAAUAAUAAAAAUAAUAAUUAAUCUUAUUU